CUUGAAGUGUAUCUUUGAAUGGGCCUGAACUGAAUGGGCGGAGCUUGAAUGUUGAACUUGUGUUGUCUGCGGUGAUAUCACCGCAAUAUGAAUGCGCACUCAUGUGAUCUUCGCCCAUCUCCAUCUGCAGGCGACAGGCAGUCAUGAGGAAUAAAAGGAGGAGGAAGGAUGCCAGUUGAGCUCUUCACCUCUCUGCGACUGCCACUUGAGCCGGCUUGAGACUAAAGACAGGCAAUGGCUCAGUCUGUGAGGAGACCAGAGAAUUUAGGUGGUAUGGACAACAAGGCCACGAACAGGACCGGCUACUUUGGCAACGUCAGGACCAGGCUGAACGCCAACCUUCCUGCUGGUGUCUCUCAGACUCCACAGUCCACUAAGGGGGACCAGGACAUGCAAGACCAAAACCAACCCACUGUGGGCCGGCCCCUCAGCCACACCCCCCACAUCAGAAACCCCAGGCUACGCCAGUACUACCUACAAGAAACAUCAGAGGAUGUGAACGCUGCAGUUAAAGGAGAGAAAACGGGCAAACUGAGAGAGCAAAUGGGCAAACUGUCAGCUGAUGAGACGGGCAGCAUCAAGCCAGGUGAACUGUGGGCACCCCAUUGGUUUUUACCCGAGGCCAAAAUAUGGCCAUCGGGUAUUGCGAAGGCCUUGCAUCCAUCCGUCCUUCCGUCUCUGGCUGUUCCCGUGGACACGGUGUUCACUGUCUCAUCUCAUUUUGACAACGCCGUGGCGCCCUCAGCAGACAAAAGCAGGAUGGACGAAGAGCAGGUGGUUGUUCCGGAAGGAAAAAACAUUUCUUUGCCAGAACUCGACUCUGAAGUUAAAGUGAAGCCGCCGCCCGGCUUGGAGACUGAACCCGGUUCUUCUGGUCCGCUCUCCGUUCAGCCUCAGUCGCCCUCACCUGAAGCAGAAUACGACAAACUACUGGACGUGGAGGCGGUACCAAUGCCUGAUGGACAGCUCUGCUUAUUGGCCCUACCACCAGAGUGUUGUGAGGGGGAGGGGCCCGAGGUCACACCCUACCUCAAACUGUUUUGCCGCUACAUCACUGACCGCAAGGGUGUGGUUUCGGGCAUUCUGCUGGUAACACCCAACAAGAUCUUCUUUGACCCGUGUAAGACCCACUCUCUGGUGAAGGAGCACGGGUGUGAGGAGUACCUCCUGUCGUGCUCCAUGGACAAUCUGACCUCCGUCUCCUUCUUCUCUGACCUCACACAUGUUCAUUUCAACCCCUCCCAGCAGAGGAGAAGAGGUAAGAAAAUCCUCCAGAAAUUUAAAGCCACAAAAACCAGAGUGUCAAAUUUUCUACCCCUCAGCGCAGAGACGGUCACCACUCUGGACUCUGGAGCUCGGGCACAUUUGUGCACCAGUCCGGCUCUGAGUCAGACUGAGGAGAUUUCUGUGGAUGAGGAGGCAGAGGGCAGAGACAUGGCGGAGGCUGAGAGGGAGCUGGAAGCUGCGGGAGCCCUGGGAGUUUCUGUCCUGAGCAGUGCUGCCACCUUCUGUUGUGGAGGCCAAGAGGCAGGCAGUAAAGUGAAGACGGAGCUGCUGCACCACAGUGAGCCAACAGAGAAGCUUUCUGUGAAGACUGCAGUGCCGCAAAGGUCACCAGCAAGCAGUCCUGGGGGCCUGAUGUUUGUGCGACUGCGGGUUCAGUUGAAAAAGGGAGUCGCCGGCCUUCACCAGGGGUCAGCCAAAACCAAAUCAUUACCCAAGAAGGACACAUGGCUCGCUCUCUCGCAAGAGAGCUCUGACGAGCUAUACGCUUACCUGAAACGCUGCCGUCCACAUUUGUGUAUAUUUGGAGGAGAGGAGCAGGGAGCCGCAGACCGUGAUGAAGAGGAGUUUGUACUGAUCGAUGACCAAGAGGAGGAAGAGGAAGGAGAGCUGUUCCUCAGGCACCGCGGCACAGGGGAUGACUGGGAGAUGGUUUUGAUGGAGGGAAGCGGAAACAAGCUGACCCUGACAGACCGGGUCCCUGAAGGAUUUGGUCACAUAGCUGAGCACAGCAACAUCUUGGAAGCGUCACAUAUUCAAGAGCUAGGUAAGGAGCUGCCUCCCACGACAGUCUUCCACACCUGGCACUUGGCCUACAGCACAUCCAGUCAUGGCUCCAGCCUGAAGUCCCUCUACAGAAGACUCAGCGGCACAGACGCUCCUGUGCUCGUCGUCAUAAAGGAUGCGCGUGAGGAGGUGUUUGGAGCCUUCCUCUCUCACCCCCUGAGGCCAAGCGACAAAUUUUACGGCACAGGAGAAACGUUCCUCUUCAUGUUGCAUCCUCGUUUCAAGUGCUUCAGAUGGACUGGGGAGAACUCCUUUUUCAUUAAGGGAGACUUGGAUUCUUUUGCCAUAGGUGGAGGCAGUGGUCACUUUGGUCUGUGGCUGGAUGAGAAUUUGUAUCUGGGUCGCAGCAGCCCCUGUUACACGUUCAACAACUGCUGUCUCUCUGAAACCCCUGACUUCCGGGUCUUGGAGUUGGAGGUGUGGACUUUCAGCUGAGGAUGACGCCUGAAGCAGUUUAAUGACUAAAACAAAAUGAUCCCUGGUCAUCUCAUUAAUAUCGAUUUAAAAGAAACUUGUAACUGCAUAUUUGGAUUUUUGGCCAUGUGACUAGAUGCUAUGGAUUUCGGUGAUCUUGGUGUGUCUGUUGUCCCACAGUGGGCUGGAAUGGCUGUUCCAUGGCUGCUGCCUGUGACAGCUGAACUCUUACAAAACUGGUUUCAGAUGAAACUCCAGAAAGGAACUGGUUCCAAGAUUCUUAGAAUAAAUUUGGUCUUAUUGCAAGUUAAACAGCGACUUCAUAUUGGACAGUUAUGUCGCUAUAGGUAACAGUGAUGCAUGACCCUGCUCCUGGCUUUAACUUGAUGCUGUUCAUAGUGUUUUUUCUGACUUGCCAAUUUAAACAAUUUGUUUAAAACAUGUAUUACUGGAUGCUUACACAAGCAAAUGUCAAGAACUACUUUAAAUUAUUGAAGCUUUAAGGUUACCUGUAGGGUGGGUCUGUAAUAUGGUGCACUAUUGUAGGAGUAGCUAAUAAAAAUCAGCACAAU